AUGGCUCCAUCUGGCGAGCCAAACGAAGCAACAACACAACCAAAUCAACCAAAUAAUAUUUGUCAAAUCUGUGGAGAUAGCGCAUCUAUAAAUAAUUAUGGAGCUUUGUCUUGUUCACCAUGCAGAACAUUUUUUCGUCGCAAUGCUUUUCCUCCUGAAAAUGCGGUUGUUUGUCGCUAUGGUGGCAAUUGUGAAGUGAAUAUGUUAACAAGAAAAGUUUGUGCAGCGUGUCGUCUUGGUAAAUGUUUCCUUGUAGGAAUGAGUGUGGACUUAAUUCGUAAAGAAGAUUUAGCGAGAAAAAAACGAAAACGUAAAACAUCAAAAGGUGAAGAACCCACUACGGCGACAAUACCACAAGAAUCUGCAUUAGAUUUGCCAUCUCGUAGCAAUUCUUGCGAUCUCAGUUUUUCAGAUUGGACUAUAAUUUCAAAUGUUGUACAUGCUUUUAACACGUUCAGUCCUGUAGCCGAAAUACGACGUAGAAUACUAUUUUUCAAUACUACAGAAUCCAAUCUUCAAUAUAACUUAACCCAAGCCAGGCAUUUAAUGUCUUCAUUUUAUAAUGGUUUACAAUCAUUUAUUAGUUCAACACCUGAUUUUAAAAUACUUACAUUACGUGAACAACAUUCCCUAUUUCAAAGAAAUAUGGUGGGUGUUUUAUGCGUUGGUGGAACAUAUUUAAUGCACGAAUCAGGAAUACUUGAUAAACCUGAACAUGAAUCCGUUAUUUUGUCUCUCUACGGUUCAGAAUUUAUUCAACAAGUUAAAUUAAUAUGGCAACAACUUCAUUGUGAUCCAAUACUGAUAAAAUUAAUACUCGUUGCUCUUGCCUUUUCUUCUAAUUAUUUCAUGAUAGAUAAUCAUGGAAAUACUGCUGACGACACACUAUUAUUAGGCACAUUUCGUCUAUUAGGAAGUCAGAAUGUCUAUGUUGAAAUUAUUUGGAAAUAUUUAUUGUCUACCUAUGGUCAUAAUAGUGCAGUACUAAGAUUUUCUAUCUUGAUUAAACAACUACUUACUAUGCUUUCUUAUUCAAUUUAUAUGUAUAAAAACAAUAUAAUUCAUCAGGCGUUUAUUGAUGAUAUAAUCAAACAAACUGCAACGGAGUCAAAGGUAGAUGAAAACGCGCUUGUACCAUUGUGGGGGAAAAAAAAUUGA